UCUCUCUCCUGAAACAGCUUCAACAUAGAGCUACGGCAAAGGGAAACGUGUGUCGAUCUGUUUGGAAUCACCACUCAAACAAAAUUUCAAGAUUGACAACAACAAGCUCUAAUAGCUUUUCAUUCACCAAAGGCUAAAGUGUUCAACCUGUCCUCAGGAUUAAUUCACAAGAAAGAGGAUGUAGCAGCUGACAGUCAUGGGCAACCAGGAAGCUAAACAAAAAAAAUCUGCAGCAGCACCUGGUAAUGGAGUGUAUCCUUCACUGGAAGAGGGAUGCAGUGAGGGGGGAGGGGAUGUGUCAAGGCGGGAUGGAAAGAAACAUUGUGGUAAAAAUGAAGGUAAAAAGACUUGGAACACCAAAGGAGGAGGAGGAGGAGGAGGAGAAGGAGGAAGAACGCAUGGCCCAGUUCCAGGCAAGAAGAAAAACAAAUGUGAGACCAAGUCAUCUAUUUUUUCUAUCCGGAAGAGAAAAGAUCAUCUCAAAGGUAAAAAUGCUUGCUCUUCAGUCACAAGCUCGAGUGAAAAUUUCCUUGCAUCACAACACAAUGAGCUGGCCAAUUCGAAAACUCCUGAUCUGUCUGCAGAUGAGCUCGGAGCAUCAGAUACGGAACCAUACUCCCUUGAAAAAAAAAUGACACAAGAUGGAAGCAAAAGUAAGCGGAAUAUGUGCAAUUCAGCAACAGGAGCACCAUCUCCCACAGAGGAUGGAGCACAAAAAGGUGGAAGUUCUGGGUCUGACACUGAUAUUUACAGCUUCCACUCAGCAACAGAUCAUGAGGAUUUGUUAGCAGACAUCCAGCUUGCUAUAAGGCUUCAACAACAAUGUGAAGGGCUUGACAUGGUUGCUGGAUCACAGGUACAAGGUGAAAGAAGCAGUGUUCGCCAGCGACGUGAUGUGAAGAGAAUGCAGAGUAAUGGACACACUGAAAUACUUGAACUGACACCAGAAUUAGAGCUUGGAUCAGAUGCACUGUCUAUCUUGGAAGUCAAAGGUUUGUCAAAAAUAGAGAAACACAUAGAGAAACCAGAAGGAUUGUACUUCUUCUCCCACAAAGAGGAAUCCAAAACUAGGGAAGAUAGUGAGAAAGAAACAAAGAGGGACCUGGAGUUUAAUCGAAAGGGGAAUAAUGUGAGAAAGUCCUCUGUUAGUGGUACAAUAGUCACAAAUGACCAGUGUGCACCGGCAAAGCAGUCCCCGCCCACAGUCAUUCCGAUCAUUAUGGCCAGGGGGGCUGCAGUCAACGCAGUUUCUAUGACAACUGCCGGUAACAGCUUCCCUGAUCAAUCAUUGGAUAGUGCUGGCACACAGUGGGACCAGGAAGCAAGAGGUGAAAACCAGACUGAAAUGACGUUGCAGCUCAGUGUGAAUGAAUCUCCCGUUACUCCACUGGCAGACAACCACAAAAAAACCUCAGAUACCAUGGUAACAAUUGUUACAGGGAAUGUGCUUGAAGAAUGCACAGAUGCUGAGUCAUUUGCAGGUUGCUCUAGUAUUGUAUCAGAAUGUAAUCACUUCGCUGUUGCAAGUUCUAAUGUGUCCCCCUCCAAGAGGAACAGUGCUUGCUUCACACCUUCCCAAGGGAUCCCCACUUUGGCUAAAAGCAUCCACAGGUCCAACCAGGCCUCUUCUCCCUCAAACCCCACGGUGAAAGCCCAUCCUCCCAUCUUCGCUUCGUACAUCAAGACUACCACAAGACAACUCAGCUCGCCAGGACACUCACCAGUUUUGUCUCCCUCCCAUAGCCCCAUGUCACUAAGAAGAGCCCAUCAUCACUUCCAAAGGGUGAUGGGUGGUGAUCACGAAGUCCCAAGGAAGUGCUCCCGAAGCAAUGUUGGUACUCUGAGUCGCUCAGCUGACUGGACAGAAGAGUUCGAGAGAGGAAUGGGGUCCUGUCUCAACAAUGGUGACUAUAAGAAUGUAGAAGACUACACUUUCAGAGGUGGAGGAAGCCAACCCAUUUGUGCUCCAAGGAGAUCUUUCUGUGGACAAAUAGCUGCAUGCAGCUAUCAAGAUGUUUUUACAGGUAGAACCCUUCUGGAGAAACUGCUCCUUCAACAACAGCACGAGGAGCCAGAGGAAGCUGAGAGGCUCUGUUCCAGAAUAUUAGCCAUGGGUCUUCUCUUGCCUUUCACUGACUGCUUCAGACAACAGCUGGGAGCCAGCACUACACACAUCACUUCUGCUGGAUCAGCUAAUUUCCAAGGUGAACAGCUGUACACAUGGGCUGCUGUUAACCAGCCAUCUUUUUCCCUUGAUCCUCCUGAGGAGAAGCAACCGGGUAAUCCAAAAGAGUUCAGAUCUAGUGGAGAAAAGACUGGAGUCAGAGUCAUUGAUCCAGAACAUCAUACAGGCAUCAUGGAUUGGAGACAACAACCAAAUGAGAACCAAGAUAUUCAAGACGAGGUUUUUCUGAAAACAGUGAAACUGAAGGAAAAGCACAUUGAUGUUAUCCUACAACUGGAGCAAACCAUUGAAGAUCUCAGGACAAAGAUUGCUGAGCUAGAGCGACAACCUCAUCUGCUGGAGAGAGACAUGAAAACAGACGAGGACGAUGAAGGAGAGAAAGGCCUUUUGAGACCAGUGUGUGAUGCUCACUUUCAAACUGAAGCAGAUCACUUUCUGGGCUCCCUGGAGGCCAAGUCUGUGCAAACGUCACCAAUGAAUGAUACCUUUAAGUUUAAUGUGCCUUACAGUGAGCCAGUUGGAAUCAAUGAUUUCCAGCAACCCUCAUUUUGCCAUUGUUUGUGUCAACAGCAACCCCUGCCUGCACUUCCAGGAGGACUUUUACUGCCACCUCUUCAAUCUUUACCAGUCAGUUCAAAACCACCACAACCACCACCUCCUCCUCCUCCUCUCCCUGCUGGACUUGCUCCACUCCCACCCCCUCCAACUUUUCAGGAUGGACCAGCUCCACCACCACCUGCUCCUCUACCUGGUGGUGUUGCUCCACUCCCUCCUCCUCCACCUCUCCCUGGAAGACCUGCUCCGCCACCCCCUCCUCCUCUGCCUGGUGGACUUGCUCCACCACCACCUCCUCCUCUGCCUGUUGGACCUGCUCCACCCCCACCUCCUCCUCUACCUGGUGGUGUGGCUCCACCCCUACCUCCUCCUCUACCUGGUGGUGUUGCUCUACUCCCACCUCAUCCGCCUCUUCCUGGAGGACCUACUUCACUUCACUCUCCUCUCCCUGGUGAACAACUUCCAACACCUUCUCCUCUUCUCCAUGGUGGACCAGCUCCCGUACCUCCUCCUCUCCCUGGAAGUGUUGCUCCCUUGCAUUCUUCUCCAGUCCAUGGUGGGACCAGUGCACCUCCGGCCCAUCGUUGUGGGCCUCCCCGAGCCCCUCCGCCUCCUGGAGUGAUCUGUGUUGCUGCAGCUCCCCCAGCAGCUCUCGCCUCCUUGCCUCAUCCUCUGCCUCUGGGCCUAUACAGUAUGGGCCUCGAACAGGAAAUACCACCCAAGAAAGCAGUGGUGGAACCUCCCAGACCAAUGAAGCCACUAUACUGGACCAGAAUCCAGUUGCACACUAAAAAGGAGAUAUCCUCUGCAUCUGUGUGGGAGACAGUAGAGGAGCCUGAUGUGGACUUUGAGGAGUUUGUGGAGUUGUUUUCCAAAACAGCCAUGAAGGAGAAAAAACAGCCACUCUCGGACACAAUCACCAAGUCCAAGGCCAAACAGGUUGUCAAGCUCCUGAGCAACAAACGAUCUCAAGCUGUAGGAAUCCUUAUGUCUUCGCUCCACCUUGAUAUGAAAGACAUUCAGCAUGCCAUCUUAAAGUUGGACAAUACAAUAGUUGACCUUGAGACCCUCCAGGCGCUUUUUGAAAAUAAGGCCUUGCCAGAGGAAUUGGACAAGAUUCAAAAACACAUUAAAUCCACUAAAGAGAAGGACAAAGCUAAACCUCUGGAUAAACCUGAACAGUUUCUCUACCAGCUCUCUCAGAUCCCCAGCUUUUCUGGUCGAGUCUUUUGCAUCCUCUUCCAGUCUAGCUUUUCUGAGUGCAUCUCAUCCUUAAUGAGGAAACUGGAUACAUUGCUGAGUGUAUGCAAGGUGUUACAGGAGAGUAAAAAGGUGAAGCAGGUUUUAGGUCUGGUGUUGGCUUUUGGCAACUUUAUGAAUGGAGGAAAUCGCACGAGAGGCCAAGCUGAUGGUUUCAGCCUUGACAUCCUUCCCAAACUAAAAGAUGUCAAGAGCAGUGACAGCAUGAAAAGUCUUUUGUCUUACUUAGUUGCAUACUACCUGAGGAAUUUUGAUGAGGAUGCUGGAAAAGAGACUUGUGUCUAUCCUCUCCCUGAGCCUCAUGAGUUGUUCCAGACUUCACAGAUGAAGUUCGAAGACUUUCAGAAAGACCUGACUCAACUCAGAAAAGACCUUAGAUCAUGUACCUCAGAGGUGGAAAAAGUCUGCAAAGCAUCAGUUGAUGACAACCUACAGCCUUUCAAGAACAAGAUGGGUGAUUUUAUUUCACAAGCUCAACAAGAUCUUGAAGCAUUGGAAACUCAUCUCAGCAGCACACACAAGCUAUUCCUUGAGCUUGCAUCACUCUACUGUAUGAAAGCAAAAGCAGGAGAAAAGGAGGUUUCACCAAACACUAUCUUUUCUCUCUGGUAUGAGUUUUCGUCUGACUUCAAGGACCUGUGGAAGAAGGAAAAUAAAUCAAUUCUUAAGGAGAGGUUAAAAGUAGCAGAGGAGUGUUUCCGACAGGCCAAAGAGCGGGCCUCCUACAGUGUGAAACCCAAACAUGCUACAGGAAUUAAAGCCAAGCUCGACAUGAAAAUUUGACCCAAUGGAUUUUUUUUUUUUUUUGACAAUCAAUGAUUAGUUUGACGUCGUGGCCGAGUUGUGCAGUUGAAAAGUGUUAACCUCACAGUUCUGAGGACUGGGAUUAAUAUCCCAGCACCUCCUUUGUGGAGUUUGUAUGUUCUCUCUCCCCCUGCAUGGUUUUUUUUUUCUUUUUCCGGGCACUCCGGUUUCCUCCCACUUCCCAAAAACAUGGAUUAAUUGGACAGUCUAAAUUGCCCCAUAGGUGUGAUUGUGAGUGCGACUGUUGUCUGCCUUCGUGUGCCCUGUGAUUUGCUGGCAACCAGCUCAGGGUGUACCCCGCCUCCUGCCCUAUGACAGCUAGGUUAGACUCAAGCACUCCCACAACCCUCGUGAAAAUAAGCAGCUCAGAAAAUGGAUGGAUUGAUGGAUGGAUGAUUUGACAACGCCAAGGGAUCUCAGUCAGGUGCCAGAAUCAUUUUCCAGGACAAUUUCACUGAUUAACUUGCUGACAAGAAAUUGUCUAUCACAGUGGACAUGCACCAAAGAUUGAAAAUUUCAGACUCCUCCAUGAUUUCAAAACGUCCCAUUUUUUUUUCCUGAAAAGGUAUGGUUUUAGAGCUUAACGGACUGCAAUGAUUUUUUCCUCACCUGUUAAGGUGGUUGCUCACAUCAUUCAGCAAGUCAUCAUAUUUUAUUUUGCAUUUAUUUGCCUCAGCAUUCAGACAAAGCAUAUUAAAGAAACAUGUCAGACAAAUGCUUCGAUUAAGAGUCAAUUCAUUAAAAAGCCACUAACGAGCAGAAAGCAGGUACUUUGGCUAGUCUAGGCCAGACAUUGGAAAUCUGCAGCCAUAUACGGCCCGUUAGGCUUUAUGAUAAGGCCCGAUGAACUUACCAACUUAAAAAAAAAAUCAAAAUAAUUCAUCAAACAUUCAAUUCAUCUUGUCCUUUUGUUGGAGUGUAGGAUACUCUUUUAUUUCAAUCUCAUUUUCCCUUGCUGUUUGAGCCCUUUUGUAAAAAUGAACAAACCAAAGAAAAGAAAAGUGGACAGUGAGUGCCAAGUAUUUAACAAGUGGACAACAAAAUCUAUUUUUAUCACGGAAGUUCUAUCAACAGCUGUCUCAUAUGCCAAGAAGCUGUUGUGGUUUUUAAAAGAGUACAAUAUCAACCAUCACUUUGCAAUGAAACAUGCAGAAGAUCUGUGCGGAGGAGUGGGCCAAAAACCCUCCAGCAGUGUGUGCAAACCUGAUGAACAAC